AUAUCGACUUCAGCUGUAAAGAAAUGCGAUCUUCCUUUCGCACAAUUCACUGGGUUUCGCAUUCGCGCUAAGGUAGUGUGUCCCAAUGAGGUAUCUGAACUGGGAAAAAUCCUGUUGGCAUUGCUGAACGAAGAAAUAAUUGAAGACAUACAAACCCCAUUCCCGCCAGCGACAGCGCCUAUCGUAGGCCAGUGGUACGAAACCGUUUUGACAUUUGCCACAAGUGCCAAAGGCAAUAAAGUACUCGAUCUACACGGAUACAGGCUCUGUAAGAAGAUAACAACCAAACACCUUACUUGGUGGUCUUGUAUACGCAAGAAGUGCAAGGCACGUUCCGCUACAAUCGGAACCCUUGAGAGUGACCUCCGAGCUUCGCAUAUCCCUAACUAUAGUACAAAAUCAUCCGCCACGUUUGUCCAUAAACCGAUUGAUCAAAUUCCGGAACCCAUCGAAGUGCAUCGUGCACCUUCCAUCUCCGGUGCGAUCAAAUUCAUUCGUAGUCAGAAAAAGAAUGCCCAACUGGUGUACAAAGGUUUUCUGUACAAUCGGAAAUUGACCCAGCAAAACGGCAAUACCACGUGGAGGUGCAUUGAUGUUACGAAGUUACGCUGCAAGGCGAUUUGCGUUACCAAAUUCAACAAAUUGAUACGCGCCAAACGGCAGCAUGCUCAUGAGAACCAUGAAAGUAAGAUCAGGAAUCGGCCGCUGUAUGACUACCCGGAAGAUUUGGAGGAAUAUCUGGACAUCUACUCAAGGGAUCCGAUUUCGGCGUCGCAGAAGCUGGACGUCAUCGACGAUGGAACCGAUUACAAGCUGGUCGUUCGGGAUACCAUCGAGGAAGUCGUGCAUGAAGCACCUGGGAGUCACAUAGGAGACAUGAUGGCAAGUGGGACGGAUACGUUCUAUGCGGCACCUCAGUAACACAUUCUAGUACUACAAUUAAAAGUAAACCAUAAUAAUAAAGGCUGGAAAAAGUGCGAGCAGAUGAAAUUUGCCUGAGAGGUAGAGAAAUUCCGCAUGUUACCAUAAGAACAUAUAAUAAAAAAAAUGACAAGGGCUUAACGAAUGUCCAUUUCAGAUGAGCUAUCAUCUUCGACGAAGAUGAUCCUCAAAGAUGACGAAUGCGUUGGUUCGUCGGAUCGAGUGUAUACAUUCCUCACCAGUCGACAGGGAGGCAUCCACUUGGUUCACGACUGGUACAUCUAUCGAUCGAACCUACGUCGAUGCGGCCGUAACAAAGACAUCAUCUACUGGGAAUGUGUGCACAACCGAGUAGAAAAAUGUCGCGGACGACUGAAAAGCGUGGGCGAUCAACUGCACAUUUCGAACUCGAAUAUACAACACAAUCAUGAACCGGACACAAUAAAGAUAGCAACGGCCAUGGCUUCCGGGCACAUCUCUUACAGAACGUUAUCAUCACUCGGAACCGUAUAUUCCACAAUUACGAUAUGUGAUUCGGUUAAAAAAAAACAAUAAAAUAUGUUUUCUUUUAAAAUUGUUUUAACCUCAUUUUACUUAAUUUUAUUUCAACUAUUCAAAAACAAUGUUACAAUCGAUGGAUGUAUUUUUUUCUUCUAGAUUUCAAAAUUGAGUGUACGGCGGUACAAUUCGUCCGAAGUAGGAAGGGCAAGCCACUAUUGUUGUACAAAGGCCAUCAGUACACGUUGAACCGUCGACGGAAACAGCUGGGCUACUGGGAGUGCGUUCACAGACGUUCGAAGCUGAAAAGUUGUCCUUCCCGGAUAACGACGGACAACGUUCAGAUUAAGCGUGUCAAGGGCGAACACGACCACAUGCCUCCGGAGAUGAUAGAAUAUCUGUUGGAUGACUGCAAUGCAUUUCUGAAAGUGGCACCGCCAGAAUAAAAGUUGAAUAUUUGCAAUCUCAGUGUGUGCUACCAGACCUAGAUCGCAUCGAUUGAGACCGUUGAUUUUUUAAAAUUUUCACAUUUGAUCUUUAUAGUUCUCAUUGAACGUCUGGUGGAGCCUGAACUAAUCAAAGAGGAACCAAACAAGUUGCUGUUCGUUCGCAGUCGUUGGGGACGCAAACUAUUGAUCUAUGAACGAUAUCCAGACCAACAAUUGAAAAUGCUAGUGUUUAAAAAAAAAAAGGCCACAUCAACAUUGCGUAAACAAACACAUUUCUGUCGACUUGAGGCCUUUUGAGAUCCACCCACGCAUCUCACCACCAUUAACAGAAAGCUUGAUGUUUGCGCUUUCUGUUAGUGGUGGUGAGAUGUGUGGGUGGAGUUCAGAAGGCCUCAAGUCGACAGAAACAUGUUUGUUUACAAAAUGUUGAUGUGGCCUUUUCAAUUGUUGGUCUUGAUAUGUUUUCUUCUCCAACAAACGGGUCGAGGCGACGAGCACCACCUACUGGCGAUGUACGUUUUCCAGCAAUCGGAAAGGCCCAAACCGCUGCUCGGUGCGAUGCAUUACUAGAGACAAUCGCGUUAUAAACUUUCGCGGACUGCAUAAUCAUUCGGAAGAAAUGUCCAAACUGCAUGGAAGGCAUGUCUUCGAUCAAUACAGUGUGUAUGAUCCAUGAAAACAUAAUAAAACAUGUUGAAAUGAAAAUAUGCCUAUCACUGUACUGUAGUACUAGAAUGUUAUUAUAUUGAUUGCAAAACGUCAUUUCCGACUACAGUAUUUAUGAUAAUUGAGUUUCAAUAAACAUGUUGAAAAAAAUCGAUCGAGUUUCACUACAGUACUAGAGUAUAAAUAAAUAAUUUCAAUCAUACUAACAGAAUACGUUUGUUUGCUUAUCUGUGGCGUUUUAAGGUGCUUACUCGCAGGAGCUGAAGUUCAUCAAAAGCCCAUGGUCUACGCCGUGUCUGGUGAUCAAUGACUUCCUGUACAACUGUCACAGUACUAGAGGGAACAAGGUGUAUUGGCGGUGCCACAACUACUCUCGAAAGAAGAAGGAAGAACGCUGCAGGGCUAGAUGCGUGAUUGUGAAUGGCAGGCUGAGCGCUCUCACAGGAACGCAGCACAACCACGAUCCACACACGGAGAAAAUAGCCAAGAUUAGUCGACGUAACAAUAUGGUUGAUGAAGUACUAGAUUCAGCCAGGGCGGAUCCACCGCCGAGCUAUCUCACUAGUGGGCUUUACAGUUCAAGCUUUUUGUCCGGAGGUUCUACUUUGCUGGACAGUGGCUCCCCGGAUAUCGGUUUGAUAAAGAUCGACGUAUUGCCUAAAUUAGAAGACUAUGGCUUGCCAGUUGAACUGUAAACAUGUAUUUUUAAGCUGAAUUUUUACUUCUGAAUCGCAAUCGUAAUUUAUAUCAAUGUUCGUGAAGCAAUACAAACCAACGUGUUUUCGCUGAUUUGAAAAUUUUCCAUCGUUUCAUUCUAGUACUGAUAAAUCCAUUAUUUCUUUGUACAGUUUUAGACUUCACCCCUGACGACGCCGCUGAGUGCCGGACGUUCAUUAGAAGCCAGCGUGGGGCUCCCCUGUUGGCCCUCGACAAUUUUAUCUACCGGUGUGAACGGGUUCGAAAAACGCGCUCCUAUUGGUUGUGCAUCCGUUACAAGAGCUCCAAGUGCAAUGGUCGCGUAAUCUGCCAAGGCAAUAAGAUUCUUAAACUGACAAAUCACUGCCACGCGAACGACGAGCAGCGCAUCAACUCGUCGAUUCUAGAGGAAACGGAUCUGUCCAGCAUCAAUUUAGAGGCGUGGUACAAGCAGACCAUGAUGCACAAGAAGCAUGAGUCGAAGCGAAAAUAAAAAUUAUACAUUCUAGUACUUCAAUACCUACAUCGCUGAUUAUGAUUGAUAUGUCUCAAACCCAUGCUUUCUAUUCUAUUACUUCGCUUAUGAAACUAAUGAAAACUUUUCUCGUUGUAGCUUACAUAACGACUACUAUCACCACAUCUAGUACUACACUAAUCGAAAGCCAGAGUGGAGUGCAGAGUGUCUACUAUCGGAACGAUUUGCGGGACCAGUUGUAUCCGGAAGCCGUGCAAUACAUCCGAAGCCGCCGUGGGCACCCGCUGCUAGUGUUCCGAGGGUACAAAUUUCGCCGGAAUGGCGGCUGCAAGGAGAAGGGCUACUGGCGCUGUGCUUCUUUUUGCAAGUGCCCUGGAAGGGUUACUACCGUCGAUGGGACCAUCGUUAAGUACCACGUACACAAUCAUGAACCGCCUUUCAAAGAAUCCGCCGAGUUGUUCUAGGAUUGGUGGAGGCAUCAUUUCGAUCAAAUGCAUUAUAAUGAAUGAUUAUGAUGAACCACAGAAUAAAUCUCCGUUAGAAUAUUUUAUAGACCAUGAUAAUUUUGAUGUCAGAGCAGAAGUUAGAAUCAGUUGAGUAAAUUGCGUCUUCUGUUCUUAUUCAUAGAAUGGGAUCAUCAAGGUUUCCGGGCGCUGGAGAAACAGGUGUUCCUUGCCCACGACAUUGCUAAUAGUUGGAUGGCCAACGAGCAAAUCAGUUACUGCCAGAGCCAGCGUGGAAGGCCUUUGCUUAUAUUUCUGGGCUACCGGUUCCGUCGAGAGAUGGUGAAGCAAUACAAAACCUACUGGAGAUGUCUGGUGGACAAAUGUCCCGGACGGAUGAUAACAAUGCUUCCAGGGGAUACGGUAAUGCGUUAUCGGAUACAUAAUCAUCCGUCCAGUUUCUAGAAAACGAUCAAAUAAAUUCUGUUUAUUCAAAAUGAUACAAAUGUUGAUGUUUCAUUACAAUUUUGAGUGUGGUACUAGAAUACGAUCACAAUCAACUUAUACGAUCUCUUUUGAUUUUCUUCAAGCUGCUGGAUUGGAUUUCAUUUUCAGUCAACGAGGACAUCCUCUGCUGGUUGUUGAUAACUUCCUAUAUCGAAAAAAUCGAGGGCAUUACUGGCGCUGUAUUCGAUGUACCAAGUUCAAGUGUCGCAGUCGACUGAUUGUGAAGCCUGGUCAGAAACCUGCUCGUAUUGAAGAUCACUCGCAUGGGCCGGAAACGGAGAAGAUUAGUUGGGGCCGGACGGUGAUGGAGAACGUGAAAUCUCAUGAGCAGGGGGAUAUCGUUUUUCGUAUGCGACAACCGCACUGCAAAGUUGAUUAUGUGAUAAAUCCAGUUAAGGAAUAAAUCUGUGCCAGCCAUUCUAGUACUUCAAAUCUUUUACUUGAUCGUUUGAAACUAGUACUUUUUAUCUGCAGUGUUUUUACAGGAAGCUCUUUUAUCGUUUCAGUUACUGCGAUUCCGUACUGUCCUCCUGCGUUGGGCGAUCGCAAUCCGGUUCCGAAGGUGUGGUACUCCUUUCCGCUGUGCUACGUGAUCAAUCGACGCGGAACAAUGAACCUGCAUUUCCGAGGGUAUAUCUACAUCCAAAAAAAGCGGCACAACCGCACAAUGAACUGGAUCUGCAACAAGAGAAAUACGACACAAUCGAGCUGUAAAUCGAGAAUAUCCACCGAGGGCAACAACAAGAUCCGCUUUGGGGUUCACUGGAACAAUCAUGGACCCGUGGAUAUAAAUGAACUAUUGUGAAAUAAAUAGAAUUGAUUGAAUGAGCCUUUUUUUCUAACAAGCAGGAUUACAGUUAUCCUAUUCAUUGCCAGAAAGGAUUCCCACUGUGUUCAUAACCAAUUUCGUCACUUUUCAGAAUUUUCUAAUCUAGUAAUGCCCGGAAUAUACGCUGGUAUUUGGUACAAGGAGGAACUGGAUUUCAUCGAGAAUCGUCGUGGCGGGUUCAGUUUGAGGCACAAGGGAUAUCACUUCAUCACGGAACGUCGCUACAAUAGUACGGUGAAUUGGGUAUGCAAUAAAAGCAGUAGCUCGGCAAGCCGUUGUCCGGCACGGUGUGUUACUCAGGGUCACCAAAUGAUCAAGUUCAGCAAGCGAAAGCACAACCACGAUGCGGUGUACAAAAUUAAAGAAAUGGACUUUCAAUAAACAUCGAAUCAUAGGAGAUGUGUUUUUGUGUAGUACUAGAAUGGUAGAAUAAUUUAGACAUGAGUUCUCAUACACUUCGCUUCGGCGUAUAAUUUCAGAUCGAGUUCGAGGAUUCCUGUACGACGAGCAGUACGAACUGGUUUGUAAUCGAAAGGGCGGCCUCAACCUGUGCUAUCGAGGAUACCUUUAUCGGAAGAAGACCCAGUUCGCCAAUACGUUGAACUGGGUUUGUGCCAAUCCCAAUUACAAUAGGUUCGCCGGUUAUGGAAGCGCGAAUGGGGGCUUGUGCGGAGCUCGAUGCAUUACAAACAAUAGCGGAGGGUUAAAACUGAGUAAAAAAGGCCAUAAUCACUCACCGAUGUUGCAAUACGACGAAGGGACUUCGGUAAAACUUUGCAUCGAAACGCUCGAAAAUACACAAUACAAUAGCGAUUAAAGCAUCGCACAUGAAUGUUUCUAUUCUAGUUCUUUAUUUUGUAGCAAAUUUUGUUACAGUAGUCAAAAGCUGUUAUAUUCAAUUGAUUUUUAAUGUUUUCCUUUAGCAUUUAUUUCAGCAAAUUUCGACCAACUUAAAACUGGAAUUUGGCUGAAGAAGCCCUACGAGAUCGUACCGAACCAGAAAGGUGGAAAGAAUCUAAUGUUUUACGGCUUCGAAUAUCGAAAGGAGGCUUCUUUCAAGACAUCCAUCAAUUGGGUCUGUAAUCGUAACUCAGUUGGCCGCUGCAGGGCAAGGCUAAUUCAGAACACCGUCACCACCGAGAUUAAACUAGGACAACAUGGCCAUAAUCAUCCUCCAACGAGUAUCCGAACCACUAAUUGAUUGCCUGACCAAUAAAAAUGGAAUUGCAUUUUUCAGCGACGGUUGUUUCACUUGUCGAAAAAAAAAUUCUAGUACUUCAUUUACUGUUCGAAUUUCUUAAAUACUGAUGCCUUUCUCAUUUAUUAUGUAUUUCUACAAAAUUUAGCAACUGAUUCUGAAAACAUAGCCAUCUUUACGAGAACAAUGCGUGGCAAGGAGCAACUACUCUACCUUGGACAGCCGUUUGUUUUUGAGAAACUGGUGGUGAUCCAGAACUCCACCCCGAAGAAAAUUUGGCGCUGCAAUCAGUGGUGGAAUCAAAAGUGUCGUGCCCGAGUGUAUACUAUUGGAAAUGUGAUAACACCUCUGAAUCGCUACCACACCCACUCCGACAUAAUCAAACGGAAGCGGCGAGUUACGAAGAAAAAAGCGACUAUAGUUAUCACAACUGGUCCUCCUAGAGAUCACACCAAUAAGUCGGUUCAGGAACAAUACACCGAGUUUGUAGUUGAUUGCAUACCGGAGGGUUCUGAAAGUGACGAACAGAAAAAAGGGGAAAUGACCGAUUACUAAUAUUAGAGAAAUACAUCUUUAUUUAAGAAUACAAGUUCAAGCGUUGAUCAGCUUUCUCAGUUUUUAGUGGGCAGUUUAACCAAAAGCUUCUAAUAACAUAUUGUUUAAUAUCAGUUCCAGAAUCGAUGAAACCUUCACCGCACAAAUCACAAGGCAUUUCAUUUACGGUAAAAACGCAUCCGCCGAGUCAAAUAGUCAAGCCGCCACCGGAACAGUGGAAGAACGUAGGGCGUCCGGCAGCUGAGGCGCCGUCUACUAUGGUUCCACUGCACAGCGGCAGCGCCGUCUUUAUCUCAACGAUAGAUCUCGUAAACAUCUACACUCCGAAGGCGGCACUCUAUACGGCACGGUUGAUUGACGUCAUUUUCGGACGGCAAACACUGCUAAAGGCCUGUGUGACUCGGACGAAGAAUUCCGGCGACUUGGUCCCGCUAGAUGAGGACAAACUGAAAUCAGUUAUAGUUCAUGUGGUGCAUGUUUUCAAGAAACAACACGUCGAAAUUUCCGAAUCACUCGUGCUGGGCUACAUCCGGAACCGCCUCUGUUACCUUCAGAGUUCAAAGAAGUACUGAAUCCGUUUGCCAUAACCUAUUAUGAAAAUAUAAAGUGGAUUAAAUGCGUUAUUUUCAUAUCUAUUCGUUUUUUCUGAUAUUGUUCAACAAGAUUAUACGCAACGGAACUCGAAUAAUAACCAAUUUUUCUAUUUUUUUAGAAAUGGAUUUCCGUUUUGAGCUGUCUUCUAGUGGAGCUCGCCAGCUGGUUUGGAAGGGCUACGUUUACCACAAGAAUACGUCGACCGGUAGGUGCACCUAUUGGCGCUGUGCACAUGCUGCUCGACUGAAAUGCAAGGCGACCGUGGUGAUGGAGUAUGGCGUGAUGGUGCGGGUCUAGAAUCCCUAUCACAAUCAUCUUCCAAUGAAGCGACUGGUGUACGGCAUGGGAAAAAAUCAGAAACGAAACCUGAAAAACCAAAAUCUUUUCGACAGCUACAGGAGGGUUAAAUAAAGACUAUGAUGGAAUAAUGCUACCUAGUUUACCGUUGAUAGAUUUCCCCUGAAUAUCGACGCUGAAGGUGCUAACAUUGAUUUCUAAAUCUCGUUCUUUCCUCACAGCCAUCUUCGUUGCUGUUAGUACUAAACAACAGUUGCUUAAACUGCGCAACAAGAUUUAUCUGAAAACAAAGGGACGAGCUUACCGGAGCUUCUUCUCUUGCAUAGAGUACAACUGUCCCGGCCAGGUUAUGUUCCACGAGUUGAAAGGAGGCCAACUCAAAAUUAUGGCCGAACAUAACGACGACUGCACGUGUGACUACUAUAAGGAUCGUCCGGAGGAACACUUGGGCCAGCUUAGCAAAGCCGAACUGACGAGACUGGAAGAAACGUUGAUGAGCAAAGACUUCGAUGAUACCUGGGCGGAAAUAUAAGUGCAGUGUUUGUAGCUUUUAUUUAUUUUUUUAAAUUUUGAAUGUAGCGUGAAAAAUCAGGGAGUUCAUCUUUUGUCUGCGGAGCAUCCUAUCGUAGCUUUCCGGUGAAAGUACACUAAAAAAAAAGGGAACCAUUGUUUUGAACCAUACAUGUGUUCUUUUUAUUUUUGGCUCAUUCGUUCUUAUUUCUUCCAUAUAUGCUCAUUCGAAUAAUCUACGCAUAAUCACAGACUGUUAUUGCAGAUCAUCGGCAUGUCAAACUGAAAGUAAAUGAUUUAUUCUUACUCAAAACCCAUGACAAAAUUAAUCUAGUACUGCACAUUGUAACAGACACAAAUACAACCUGAAAAGAUUCGUCUCCCAUUAAUAAAAGCUAUGAAAUCAAACAAAACGUCCGCUAAUCUAGUACUGCAUGUUUUUCUAUCUUCCGCUACUGAUCACUAGUUUACAUUUCUCUGCAGCCACGGAACUGGACUCAAAACAACCACUGAUGGUCCUUAGUAGAGCCGGCACGUUGCAGCUUCGUUACCAAGGUCACACCUUUAACAAACAUGUAACUCGUGGCGAAAAAGUCUACUGGAGAUGCAGUCAGUACCUGGUGUACCGGUGCAAAGUGCGCAUUCAGACCAUGUUGGAUGAGUUCUCCAUCAGCAAGAAUGACCAUAAUCAUCCAGUAGUAGUGCGGCCUCGCGCGUACGGAUCGCUGAAGCUGUUGAAGCAACGGUUGGGCAACAUUAGAUCGUGAUACUAAAUAAAUAUGACGAAAGAUCUACAAUUUAAAGGUUUAUGAUACCGAAAUUCUCUCGCAUUUUUGUAUUGUAACAGUGCACUCAGCCGAUCAUCUCAUUCUUGUCUUCUAAUCGAGUGAUUCUAAUUUUAGCUGCAACGUCAUUCGCCCUACCAAUGAACAGACCAGAGUUUGAGUUCCGAAGAUCGACACAACGUGGCACUCACUUGCUGAUGGUCAACGGAGUGAAGUUCUUUCGCAAUCGUCAGCGAAACGAUAAGCAUUACUGGAAGUGCCAUCAGUACUAUAAACGCAAGUGUCCGUGUACGGUCGUCAUCAAUGAGACCACGUCCAAUAUCACUGUAAAGUACAGACACAAUCACGACGAAAGUUUGACGUCAUUUGAUUCUAGUACUACAGCAGCUCGAGUUUAUCCAAAUAAGCGCAUAAAAUAAACAUUUUUGCAAGAUAACAUGUGUUUUGUCUUGAUAAUAUUUCGCCUUUUGGUCAUACCUUACCAUUUCUAACCGUCAAACCUACUACCUUUCAGAAAUCUACUUCACGAAAUCGAGCCGAGGCCGUCCGGCAAUCAUUAUCGAUGGCGUCAAGUAUCUGUUCAUGUCGGAGAAUCACAAGCGAGUAGUUUGGCGGUGUUCUUCAAUGGCCACCAGCAAGCUCAAAUGUCCAGCCCGGAUAUUGCAGUACAAGAACCCCGAGCGCUUUGUCAUUCACCGGGAAAAGCAUAUCCAUGCGCCUCUGAAGCGUCACAAGGUGGCUUUCAUCGCUCAAGAAAUGUUCACAGUUUUGGAUUGAGAAGUACGUGUCGAUAUCACAGCAUGUCGUUUGGAAAUAAAUUUUAUAGUUUCAUCCCUGUGCGUUUGCUUCGACCGUUCUAGUACUUCGUUUUGGAAAAAUUUAAAUAUUCACGCUUUACUUACAGUUUUGCAACUUUCUUUGUAGAGUACAAGCACCAUCUGUCCGUGACGAGCAGUAAUGGCAAGGUGCUUACAUACCGCAGCAGCCAGAAGGGUCGGCUACAACUGUCGUGCGAUGGAUUCUACUACGUCAAGGAGAAAACCGUGAAGCAGAAGGACUAUUGGCGCAGCAUCUAUUACACCACGAAGAUCAAAUGCCAUGGGCGAUUACACACCUUGAACGGGGAAAUUCACCACAGUACGCCCCACAAUCACGUGGCCGGAGUGUUUAAACGAUCCGACUACAAUCGUCUUUCGGAAAUUAUGAUAAAUACGGAAUCGGGUAUUGCCGGGCAGCCGUCGACACAACCUAUCUGUAUAGAAAGUGUAACUAAAGUCGAACGAUACUGAAAAUAAAUCUUUAAGUUUAGUUAUAAACAUUUGUGUUGGCUUCGGAGUUGGUUGUAGAGCGCUACUGAAGGCGAACCAAAUCGAAAUCAAUUAGUACUGACUUAUUUGUUUGGUUCGCCCUAUUUUUAGGAUCCACCACAAUGACGGUGAUGGACACGUUGGACGUACCGGCUAUCGAGUUCAGCAGAACGCAGCGAGGUCGCACCAUGCUGAUCUACGACGGGUACAAAUACGUGGAAAAUCGUCAGAGCAACAAGAACGUAUUCUGGCGCUGCUCAAAAUACGUCAAGUAUGCCUGCCGGGCGACCUGUGUGACGUCCAAGAGCCCGAGUGAAUGUCCUAUUCGGCUGGCUGGCAAUGCCCACUCGCAUGGGCCGGAAAAAAUGUUGGACAGUGACAAAAUUGAACCCUCCGAUGAAUCCGACAUUCAGUUCCGGUUGAUGCAAUUGUACUAGAUACGCUUGUUGAUUGAAGUACUAGAUUUUUAACCGAAAUGCAACUAUUUAUUGGAAGUAAAUUCGAAUUUCUGAUAGAUACAAUUUUCUUGUACUUCAAAUUGAUCGUUGACAAAAUGUGCUUGCAAUCAUAUUAAAAAAAUAUGGACAAAACAUCAGUUACCAGAAUUUCCAGUACGGAAAAUGUGAACACGCCAAUCUAGUACUACAUUUUGAUGAAAAUUUUCUUUCGAAGGUAGUUUAUCAAAAUUCUGAAUUGAAAUCUUGUCAUUAGCGGUUUAAUUUCUAAGCAGAUGAAUCUAGUACUGCAUCGUGAGAUAUAUGUACAAAAUAUAUUGCUAUUUAUAUUGAAAUAAACUUUCGCAUUUGCAGAUUUGAUUAAUGAUACUCGUUUUGAUAAAGAUCCACCUGUUGGUAUCUCAAUAACGAUCUUUUGUACUUUCAGUAACAAACCAAUUCGUGACAGCAAAGUUUGGAUACACUCAACGGGGACACGUGAUGCUAAUGUACAACGGGUACGGAUUUAUCAAAGACCGCCAAACGGCGAAGACCUGCAACUGGAAGUGUUCGCUGUUCCGAAGGAUGAAAUGUCGUGGGCGAACCAUUACCAAAAUCGCCGACGGUAAGCACAUGAUGAGGAUUACCCAUGAGAAACACACGCACAAUCGGGAUGAGUAUCGAAAAGAGAUGUAAGGCACGUAAUCAUUAAAAAUGCAAGAAGCUGGAGUCGGAGGACAAACCCGAAUCAAUAACAAAGUCAUACUAGCGAGGCGGACAUUAGUAGCAGAAUGCUAGUUCUCAAAUACCAAAAGAUGAGAACUUCGCGAACAAUAUCAAUGCCUAUGUAACAUAUGUAUAGGUCAUUUCAUCAUUUCAUUUUCAUAGGACACGAUCGGUGAACUACUAGAUUUGUAGUGAUGAGCUGAAUUUCUGUAUGUUGAGAAGGUCAAUUCUCCGUUUUUGCAAUGAAAUGGGUCAAAAAGCGUGGGUAUAAUGAUUACUUGCGUAAUUUGAUGCUGCUUGCGCAAAGCUUUGGAUACCUGCGUUGUUUGAGUUGCAAGAAAUGGAGAAAAGAACUAAAUGGUUUCCCACGAUUUUGGCACCAAUUCUUUGCUAAAACGGAGAAUUACACCAUACAAAAAUUCAGCUCAUUACUACACAUCUAGUACUACACCGAACGUUCUUGGAUUGAUAAGAAUCUCCCCUGACUUCGCUGCAAAUACUGCAAGGUUGCCAAAAUGACUUAUUUUUAUUCAAGAGUUUUUAUUAAUCACAUGGAAUUCAAAACAAAAACAAAUGCAUAAUCUUGCUAGAAUGAUAUUUUGACAAGAAAUACUGAUGGGGGGAAAUGAUCGUUUAAGCUAAAAAUAUCACAAAGCCUGCGAAAAAUAUAUCUGUAGUACUAGAUUACAUGGGCGUCCAUUGAAUUUUCUAUGUUGAGUAAAGAUGUUUCUAGAAUUUUCUGCAAGUUAUUUUAGCCAUCAACGAUACCUCAGCAAUGAAUAGCUCCAAAAUGAUGCCUUGUUUUUCCAUUGUAGAUUCCCCGAGCUUUAGGGCAGCUCAGUUCGGUUACACUCAACGUGGAAAGAUGAUGCUCCUGUACAAUGGUUUCGCCUACAUCAAGGAUCGUGAUGCCCGGAACAGCUGCAACUGGAAGUGUUCGCUGGCCGGAAAGCGAAAAUGUCGCGCCAGAGCCGUUACCAAGACGGCCCUUGGACGCCAAAUGAUGAAAAUUACCAACCCCAAUCACAACCACGACCGAAAAGCGUAUCGAUUCGAUACGGUGAAUUUCUUUGCCGACAAGAAAUAAAAUUAUCAUUUGUGCAUUGUACUGCUUAGUGUUUCAAUCGAUAACUAUACUGCGGUAGACAUCUCUAUGUGACUUUUGGAGCUAACUGUAUUCUUCAUCAUUUUAGAACUAUUCGCUAAUGCAUACUUUGGAAAAACUCGACGCGGUCAUCAAAUGCUUCUGCAUGAAAAUUACAGCUACGUGCGGGAGAAGCAGAAGCAAAGUACCACCAACUGGAAGUGCUCCUGGCAUGUCAAAUUUCGCUGUAAGGCGCGAGCAGUGACGAAAGAAAUCGAGGGUCAGCAUUUUGUUCGAAUAACCUGCGGUUUCCAUACCCAUCCUCCGAACAAUGGCUCCAAGUCUGGUGAUACGUCGAAACACUACCACGAGAACUAUUAGACAGUGGAAAAUGGUACCAUGGUAUACUACGACCAAACACUGGCUCUGUGCAACCGAAGCAUUUGAAAUUAUUUUGUUAAUCAUACAUUGCCAGAAUAAACUUUAUAUACAAAUUUAUGCUUUUUACAUUUAUACGAACAUCCGUUUGUGUUGAUCUAGUACUUCACCAUGUAAACUUUAUAUUCAAACUUAUUUUUGACACUCAUACGAACAACCCUUCGCGUCGUUUAAUCGACUGAUCUAGUACCCCAUCAUGUAAAAUAAUUAUCUUUCCCUCUUUUAGAUGACAUGCACGGCUUCUCGCAACGGGCUCACUAUGAGUUCACGUCCAGAGGAACGCAAUGUCUAGUAUACGAUGGCUAUUUCUACAGCAAAAACAAAACAAACGAGGGUGGCGUCCGGGUCAACUGGAAGUGUCGUUACUACCAACGGUUCAAGUGCAAAGCACGAGCACUCACUAAAACAAUCAACGGCUGUGACUAUGUGAAGGUCUCCAGUACGGAGCACACCCACAUGCAAGAGAUGUACUGUCAAGACCUACGACGGAAGCGACGUAGAGCUAUGCAAACAGGAUCAUUAGACUAUCAUUUCCUGGGCUGAAGAUCUGUGUGACCUAUAAUAAAAAUAUCUUUGUGGAAAACAUGUUCUUUGAUGACUCUGAUUGCUUGUUCGUUUUAGCUAAGCUAGAUGGGACAGAUUAUUUUUAUGCUGAUUUAUUUGGCUGUUUUUUUUUCAGGAGGGGCUGACAAAACAGCGGAUCUGGAAAUGGCACAGUUUGGAUCAACCCAGCGGGGGCGACCCCUUCUAGUACAUCAAGACUACACGUACAUCCGCAAUGGAGAGUUUGGCGGCACAAUCAAUUGGCGCUGUUCGGCCUACCGACGACUGAAAUGCAAAGCCAAAGCCAUAACGGUCAAGCACAAUGGCGUGGAGUUCGUAAAACUAUCCUAUGCCUUACACAGCCAUGGCCCCAAGACUGGAAGCGAUCAGCAGUGGAAGCAUGAGUCGGAAACGGUUGAUUUCCUGCGCUGUGAAGAGGAUGAAGAAGCCAUGAUUAAGUGUUUCUUAGAAAAUUGAGAUACGUUGAAUAAAAACGACAAACUUAGAUGUA